GAGGAAGAAGAAUAAUAAUAAAAAGAAGAGGAGGAACUAAUGCAUUGUGGUUGAGCUCCUAAGGCUAGAGUGGGCUGUUGUCGUCGUCACACAUAGCACCAGAUGCUGAUAUGUCACUGCUCUGCUGAUGUCUGGUUUUCUUGAAGUGAAGGUCAUUGUAAAGACCAGAUAGUGGCACAAGAUGGAUCCCUCUGAAGCAGAAGCCUCAAGCAACAGUGAAAGAAAAGAAGAUGCUGCACCGAGCACUUCAAAUACAUCAGGUCAAAGAGCAGAUGAACCAAAGUUGAAGAAGUCAUCUUUAAAGAGGCCCUCUGGUGAACCAACAAAUGCAAAAGCAAAGAAGCUAAAAAAAGAUAAAGUCUGCCCAGCUUCACUACACUGUGCAUCAGGGGGAAGAUAUGCUUCUUGUCAUAUCAAGCAGUACCUCUCAGUAUCCUACCCCAGCCUGGACUGCUCAGAAGAAGGGAAGUAAAAAGAAGAAACUAUCUAAAGGAAAGUUAAAAGCUAACCAGACUGAGAAAAAAAAGACAGUCCGUGCCAAGCCUAAACUGGCUAAUAAUCCAGUUGCCAAGACAGAAGGAGGCACUACUCUGGUGGUGCCACAGAAAGAAACAGACCACAGAUGGGGUCAGUGUCUUCCUGAGGAGGUGCUGAUCAAUAUUUUUGAGAUGGUGGUCAUCCAAGAUGGUGCUGUACCAUUUUUAUGCAGGGUGGGGAGAGUUUGUCGUCUGUGGAACGCUGCUGCCUCCAGUUCAGUUCUGUGGCGUAAGGUCACUGUAGGUUACUGUUGGAUUGCACCAGGAAAAAGCCAGCUCCCUAAAACUGAGAAGAAGAUAAAGGAGACUUUUAAUUGGCUUGCAGAAAACAGAUUGUCCCAGCUGCGAAGCUUCUCUCUCUGUCACUGGAAAAACAAUGUUGACUACGCAGUAGAGGUUUUGUCGCAGUUCUGCCCUCACCUUCGCUCCCUCACACUGUCUUACUGCACAGGCCUAACAGCAAGGGCCUUCCACAUCGUUGGUCUGCACAGCCGGUCUCUGCAAAGCAUAAAUCUCCAGCAUUCAGAGUUUCAGGUUGAGGGUCUGCUGGAGUACCUUGAAAAUCAUGGGAGCCAGAUCAAGCAUAUCUGGUUCACUCAUGGACUAAAGUAUGACAGACUUCUGACGGCCAUAACCAGAGGAUACUGUCCUGAUUUAGAGUUGCUGGAGGUCAACACAAACCUUGACAGUAAAGACUGUGAACUUCCUGUUUGCAUCCAGGCACUACAGAUGGCAUGCCCCAAACUCAAGACCUUCCGGAUGCUGAAUGUCCGACCUCGUCACAAAACAGUACGUACUGGUGGUGAUUCAACAUCGGGCUUCCCGUUACUGGAGGAGCUAUGUAUCGCAACCACUUCUUAUUCCUACCUGACAGACAGAGAUUUGUGGGACAUUCUUUUUGGCUCCACAAGGCUGCGGGUGCUGGACCUGCGAGGCUGCUCGCGAAUAACUCCAUUGGGUCUUGCAGCAUUACCUUGUCUUGAGCUUGAGUGCCUGUUUUGGGGACAGUAUUUCAGCAGCCAUGUUGGGUUGUCAUCCCCAAAGAAGGGAAUCCACAUGGUGACCCAAAAGCGGAGUCAGACACUGCAACAGCUUGACAUUGUAAAUCAGCUCUUUACUGAGGAGGACUUAGAGAUAGCAAUGAGUUACCUUGCUCAGGCGAAUGAGAGAGAUGCCCUACGUUCACUCAAUCUGAGUGGGACAAGGAUCACCCCACCUGCCCUCAGGACAGUCAUCAGCCAAGUGACCGCUCUUAACUACCUCAACCUUUCAUCUUGCCGUUAUUUUCCAAGAGGAUUGAAGAGAAUUUAUCGUGGCCAAGAAGACAUUCAACAGCUACUGGAUAAAUUGGAGUAGUUGUGAUUUUAAACCAAUUUUUAAGG